AUGUGCAUAUUCUGCUCCAUUGUUGCCCGCGAUGUCCCUUCUGAAGCCGUUUAUGAAGACGAGCACGUUCUUGCCUUUUUGGAUAUUAUGCCGAGCGCCCCGGGUCACUGUGUAGUCAUACCGAAGUAUCACGCGGCCCUUUUCCAUGAGCUCCCCCCUGCCUCCGCAGCUGCUCUAGGCGCUGCUCUUGUCAAGGUGUCUGGCGCGUUAAUUAAGGCCAUGGAAUGCUCGUGUUACAAUAUUGUCAACAAUAACGGGCCAGAGGCAGGACAGGAGGUUCCACAUGUUCAUUUCCACAUCAUUCCUCGUAAGGCCGGCGACGGUCUUGGGUACAAGUUCUCUCCGCAGAGUGGAGGAGACCUCUCUAAGAUUGCAGCUCGCAUAAGAGAAUGUAUGGAGUGA